UCUACAAUUGCCUCAAACUACGAUUUUUAAAAUAGACCGAACAGAGAGAAAGAAAUUGUUUUUAGCGUACGUCCUACUAAAUUUUACUAACUUCCAUUCAGAGUUCACCUUCUGCUCAGUAGGAGCUCGUUGUAAUUCCUAGUCAUCAGUGUUAGGGCUUCAAACAAAGCAGUAAGCGAAGAAACCUCAGUGUUGCUGCUUGGUUGCGUUGAUUCACGAAGUUAUUUCAAGCUAUGAACUCUCCAACCCAUCCCCCUUCAUCUUCCUCUUCUUCUUCCUCGUAUGCGUUUCGUCCUCCUCCAUUCCUCACUCAUGCUUCUCGUAAUUGCAAGUUUCCUCUGUUGUUGCCACAGGCAAUCCGUACUUCCCAAAAGAUGUAUCGCUGUUCUAGGGCCCAUAUGGAGGCUCCUAUUAACGCUAGCCCCUCAAAAAAUUACAUAAUGACCAGAUGUUCUCAUGGAUGGUCUGGCGCACAAGCUUUUUUUUCCAAGCAAUCAAUCAACAAGCACUUGUUGCCAGCGGGAGCUUUAUCAACUUCAACAACUCAAACUGUUUCUGGUACACCUCUUGUUGGCGACGAUAAGAUUGGUGUACUAUUGCUAAACCUUGGAGGUCCAGAGACUCUUGAAGACGUGCAGCCAUUUUUGUUCAACCUUUUUGCUGACCCAGAUAUUAUACGGUUGCCAAGGUUGUUUGGUUUCCUUCAAAAGCCGUUGGCCCAAUUUGUGUCUGUUUUAAGAGCACCAAAGAGCAAAGAAGGCUAUGCUUCAAUUGGUGGUGGCUCUCCUCUUAGACGUAUAACUGAUGCACAGGCUGAAGAGUUGAGAAAAUCUCUUUGGGCAAAAAAUGUUCCUGCAAAGGUUUAUGUUGGCAUGCGUUACUGGCAUCCAUUCACUGAAGAAGCUAUUGAACAGAUUAAAAGGGAUGGAAUUACAAAGCUUGUUGUUCUUCCACUUUAUCCACAAUUUUCAAUAUCAACCAGCGGUUCGAGCUUACGUCUUCUGGAGAGUAUAUUCCGUGAGGAUGAGUAUCUAGUCAACAUGCAGCACACUGUAAUUCCUUCAUGGUACCAGCGUGAAGGAUACAUAAAGGCCAUGGCAAAUUUGAUUGAAAACGAGUUAAAUAGUUUUGACAACCCUAAGGAGGUGGUGAUAUUCUUUAGUGCGCAUGGAGUUCCACUUGCAUAUGUGGAAGAGGCUGGUGACCCAUACAAGGCAGAGAUGGAGGAAUGUGUGGAUUUGAUUAUGGAAGAACUAGAGAAAAGGAACAUAACUAAUUCCUACACCCUCGCGUAUCAGAGUAGAGUUGGACCAGUGGAAUGGUUGAAACCUUAUACGGAUGAGACGAUAAUUGAUCUUGGAAAGAAGGGAGUGAAAAGUCUGCUGGCUGUGCCAAUUAGCUUUGUCAGUGAGCAUAUUGAAACACUAGAAGAAAUUGAUGUCGAAUACAAAGAAUUGGCUCUAGAAUCUGGUAUAAAAAACUGGGGUCGUGUUCCUGCUCUAGGAUGUGAACCCACCUUCAUUUCAGAUUUGGCAGAUGCUGUAAUUGAGUCUCUCCCAUAUGUUGGUGCCAUGGCAGUUUCAAAUCUUGAAGCGCGGCAGUCUUUGGUUCCACUGGGAAGUGUGGAAGAGUUAUUGGCAGCAUAUGACUCUCAACGCCGGGAGCUUCCCCCACCGGUAAUGGUUUGGGAAUGGGGCUGGACAAAAAGUGCUGAAACAUGGAAUGGAAGAGCAGCGAUGCUGGCCGUGCUUCUUCUGUUGUUUCUAGAAGUCACUACCGGUGAGGGGUUUCUGCACCAGUGGGGAAUAUUGCCCUUGUUUCGGUGAACGAACCCCCCUCGCCAUUAAAAGGCAAUGGAGUCUGGUUUUGUUCGUAUAUGAACAUCACUUCUGUCCAUCAUGCACUACUUGGAGAUCAAGUGUUGAUUUUACCAAGUCAAGUUUAAGCACAGCGUUAUUUGUGGAUGGAAAAGAAAGAGAAAAGGAGAAAUGUAUAGUAAAAUUGUAACAAAAUGCCUGUGUUUAUAGAAAGUUAAGUUUUGUUGUAAGCAUUGCCAUUUGGGUUUCGUGACUUGGGAAACCUACACGGCUGCUAUAGGAAUUAUUAGUCGACGCUACGCUGCUGUAUCCAUUCCCCAUGAAUAUUUAACUUAUUGGUUUAUAGUUUAAAUAAGUAAAGCUGUAUGCUUCCAUCU